AUGCCUGCGCCGGCGGAGACACCGGCUCCGGCGAGGGUCAUACGAGAUCGCCUUGGCCAGAUCGUAAGGGAGCCACCAGGUCCCCCUCCUGGAUAUGUGGCCCGGGCGCGGCAGCAAGCUGAUGAUACCUCGUCUGAGGAUCAAAGGGAGCACAGGGAGGCCUUCGACUCUGGCUCGGAAGGCGAAGCAGGUGAGGAUGGAACCAGGGUGCUGGAUGGCCCGCGGGGGCCGCCUCCGCCGAACCCUUCAUUCAUUCAGGAGGUCCAGUCUAUCUCGAUGCAGCUCUCGGCCACCGUCGCACAGGCUCUUGCCCUAACACAAGGGCAAAUUUUAACGGUCGUCCCUCCAUACUGGAGGGAUCUUCGCCGGGUGCGAGUGGAGAUCCGUGGCAUGUUACCCAACGAUACGACACAUCCACAUGUGGUGCAUCUGGCUGAUGACCGGCCUCCUGGACUUGCAGCCCUUGAAAUUCAGGCUGGCCCUGAUGGGCCAGAGGGACCGGUGAUCCCUCCACCGGGCCGUGCAGAGCCGAGGACGCCAGGGGCGCCACCUCGAAGGCGUCGCCGCUCGAGGAUGGAGGAUGGCCCUGCCGAUGAGGCUACUGGUGGCGGCCUUCCUGUUGAAGAGGCCAUCGCAGACUUGGAGCUGCGCACCAUCAUUGAUGAGCUCGAGACGGAGGAGCUUGCCCACCCCAGUGGUGCUGCCGAGGGACCUCAGGCAGACCAGGCAGACUCGGGGACGGAUGCGAUGGUUACUGGAGCAGGCGCCAUCAGUCAGACCUGGCGUAGUGAGAGGGCACAGGAGCUCCCACAGCUGGACCGAGUGGUGCAGGGUCAAAACAAAGAGUACAGUACCACGACCUUCUUGUCGGCACUGCCGGUGGCUCUGACCUUGCUUCUCUGCCUCUCCACAGUGCCUGCCUUCAUUUUCGUCGGGCUGGUCCUGUGGCUUCUGGCACACAGGAGGUGCUCCAGUGGCUACAAGACGAGGACUUUGAAUUUCAGACUCAACGACUUGGCGGGUCACAUUCUCGGUGGUUUGCAGUGCACACAGGAGGCUGACUGUGUUCGGUAUCGUGUUCUUCUGGAAGGUGGAGCAGUUGGUCAAGCAACGAGCUCGGGUAUGGCAAGGCAUUUCCAAGUGGAUAUCUCAGACCCCACGCAGACAUGGUCUUGUGUCUUGUGUCGAAGGCUUCCCACCCCCAUCGCGACCAAGGUGAUUUUCAGGCCCGAAGGACCAAACCGAUUGACGCACCAUUUGUGCCGCAUAGUGGUUGCAGACAUCGACUGGUCAGUGGCACCAUUCCUCUCCCCUCGUUGGCAGCUGGCUGAAACAACGGGCAAGCUCACCAAGCAGGCGGAGGACAUUGCUCGCAGAGAUGAAGGAGAAGUCCCCACUCUGCAGCUGGUCAGACGCCUCUGGCUCAUAAGGGCCCAUCUUCGAGACAGCUCCAGGCAGGUCUCGACCCAGCAUGCGGAACCCAGCCUUGCUGACCUCUGGGCAGGAUGGAGGCGUGUGUGCCUCCUCCAAGCUACCCAACGGGAACUUCGGCGCCGAGGUCGCCGCAAGAAGAUUGAGAGAGUGGCCAGUGUCGUUGCAUCGGAUAACGUCUUUCAAGCAGCUCGCCAGUUUGCUCCCAAAUCCAGGCGAAGGAUGCUCCAACUUCGUCGAGCUGAUGGCUCCAUCCAGACCCACGAGGAGGAGUUUCAAGACAUUCUUGACUACUUCAGGGGCUUGUACAAUGGCCCGUUGCCCUCCACGGACCACCUAUGUGAGACCAUACCGUUUACUCAGGAUGAGGUGACUCGAGCUCUUCAACGACUGGCACCUGGCAAGGCCAUGCCCGCUCUUUCCGCCCCGGCAGCGGUUUGGAAAACUCUCCACAAGACGCUGGCCCCUCUCGUCACACAGCAGCUGCAGCUGACCUUUGCGCCGGGGCCCCUGACCAUUCCUCGUGCUUGGUGCAUCAGCGAACUUGUCCUCAUCCCGAAGCCUGGAAAGGCCCUCACUUCGGUCAGUCAACUUAGACCAAUUUGUCUCCUCAGUCCUAUGGCCAAAAUCCUGGCCUCGAUCCUGGCGGAGAAGAUCGCUCCGUACGUGGCCCAAUAUCUGGACCUCAUCCCUCAGUAUGCUUAUACUCAACAUCGCUCUCUCGCUCAGGCUCUGGAGCGUGUUUGCGGACAAUGCGCUGCAGUUCGAGCACUCCUGGCGACGCACAGCAGAACGCCCUAUGCCAGGCCAGGUGGCACAGCGGGUGCGAAGGUGGCGGGUGGUCUCAUCCUCUCGCUAGAUAUAUCCCACGCAUACGAUGCGGUGAGCCGAUCCAUGCUUGCCCAAGCUCUUCAGGAUGCUGCUGUUCCCCGAGCCAUUGCCGAAGCUGUCUUAGCGGUCCACAACCAAGCCUUGAUCCAAGUUUCGCACAGAGAUCAGAAGGACACAGUUCCUCUACAUACUGGCCUGCGGCAAGGCUGCAGCUUGUCACCAGCCCUUUGGGCUUUGGUGACUGGCUGGCUUCUCCGGCGUAUCCCAGGCAUACCGGUACAGGAGAUAGCUCACUGCAACACGACAUUUGCAGAUGAUUUUCUGUUCCAUUGGCAGAUUGCCUCGAGCCGAGACCUUGAGCACACUUAUGAGAAGGUUAAGAACAUCUUGUCCUUCCUCUCCUCUCAGGGCCUGGCGGUCAGCCUCACCAAAACGGUGCUCAUGAUCGAGCUGCGAGGAUCCCAGGCAGCGGCAGCACUCCAGCGAUACACUGUACAACUUCCUGAAGGUCCUCACAUGAGGUUUGUCGUGAACAAUCAGAAACUAGACGUUCGCAUUGUCACUAGACACACUUACCUUGGUGUGAUUAUCAGCUUUCGACGUUUUGAAAUGGACACCAUUAAACACCGCUUGGAGAUUGCCAGAGGACAGCAUGCACGCUUGCGACCAGUUCUUAAAUGUCAGGCAGUUCCCCUACAACUUCGUCUCCGUCUGUGGAAGGCCUGCCUUCCUCCUAGUCUGCUACAUGGACUGGUCGCUACUGGAUUCCCGGAGACGGGAGCCAAACAGGUGCUCGCCCUGAUGGUCCAGCAGAUUCGCCAGGUGGCGAAAUCCCACAGCAUGUGGACCCAUGAGACCAACCACUCCAUCAUGAACAGGCUUGGCAUCUCCCACCCAGCUGCCCUCCUGGAUCGGGCCCUACAGAGUCUUGAGCGUGCUGAUUGUUUUCUUGGGGUUGCACUACACCCCUCUGAGGCCCAGCUCCAAUGGCGCCACAUGCUGAGGGCGCAAAUUGGACAUGCUUUAAGUUUGGGACACUCUGCUGCCUCAGUUCGUCUGGUUCCGGUUGAUUGCAUCAUACACGAGACCUUCACUUGUACGGAAUGUGGUGUUUCCUUCAGCACAGCUGCCGCCCUCAAACGACAUGUGUUUCUACAGCAUAUGGAGGAGGAGCAGCAGACUGCCAGACGUCAAGCUAUCAAGGAGAUGUCCUCGAGCUCGAACAUGGAGCAUGCAUUUAAUGGGCUCCCCUGGUGUAAGCAUUGUGACAAACGGUUCAAUAAUUGGCCCAAUUUUCACUAUCACAUCAAUGCUAGGUGUUGCCCGAUGCUCCGGGCGAUAUACGAGCAGCCUCAGCCAGGGCACACGAUCAUGUUUCUCUCAGAAGCCUUGAUUGACAACUCAGACAUUGCGGACCUCGCAGGACGAGUCACCUGGCUAGAGCUUGCUUCCGACCGUCGAGUGCGAAUGAACCUGUGCCAUUGUGUUGAAUGUCAUCACAAAUCUAUCAAGCCCAAGUGUGUGAAGAGACACAUGUUAGCAAAGCACCCUGACUUGAAGCCGCUCAUCGACAAGUGUCAGACCUUUGUUCAAAAGAGCUAUGUUGGCAUUGUGAGCCCUUGCAAGUUUUGUGGGGAGGCUUUCACUCGCUUGGUAGAAGCUUACCCCAAGCCCCUUGUGCCACCCAUGACUCCGGCUCCUGCCCACGUGGACAGUCACAUGACGGAACAGCAGAAGCUGGAGGAGGCUACGCAGGAACUUCGCCUGCUCGAGACUCUGGUACCUGCAGGAGCGGUGGGCUUCCCUUCCUUCCAGAACCUCGAGGGCCGUCACAUGGAGGUGGACAACCCGGAUCAGUACAACCAAGGGGCAGCGUUGGAAGCCGAUCGUCCACAAAAGUGGCAGCGCCAGGAGUCCAAGGGCCCAGGAGGAGGCGGAUCCGUGGGACCAGGGUAUCGCCACGGCCCAAUGCAGAAGGAGUUGCAGCAGCUGAGGACCAGGGUCGAUCUGCUGACUACCUUACUCCUUCGCCACGACAACCAGCUGGUGAUCCUCAGGCUCGACACAGCGUUCAUGCUGUUCAUCAGGACGGACAUGAAGGGCAACCUGGCGGCGAUUCUCUACCAGACCGGGCUUCAAUGGAAGCAGACCAAGGAGCGGGAGCCUUCCAAGCUCACAUCUCCGAUGCGUGUGGUACUGAUGCAGGCACUCUUGACCGCGGUGAUUACGAGGUUCGAGCAGCUGCUGGCGAGCCCGGAGGCCAAGGCCAAUGCGAUCCAGCUUGGAUGGCUGAACGAGGAGGCGACAGUCAUCAACAGCAUGCGGUGGGAUGGAGAGGCCAAGAAACAUGUCAUCAGCGACAUGGGCACCCCUCUGGAACCUCAGAAGGCCCUCGGCAUGCUCAAGGAGCUCGUUGUGCUCAGCAAGGCGGACAUGGUGAUCAACCGCUUCCAUGCCACUCGGCCCAUCACGCAGGAGAUCGAGUCGGCGGUUCUCCCGAUGAUGCUGGAUGUGGGGCUAAGGUCCCGAGAGGCCGACAAGGCGUGGCUUCUACUCAAGGACCUAUGCGGCUCGGCGGUGUGGCUAGUGGCGGGGGUGAGCAUGCGACCGGAUCGACUUCAGCGGGGACCACUCGCACAGCGACUCGCCUCGUUGAUGGAGAGACCUCGCUGA